GGAUCUAUUUAUUCGGGGUAUUAGUCUCUGAGGAAUCGUUCACGCACGUGCCAAUGCAAUUGCCCGUGUCGGGAAGGUAGGCGCUGUGAGCGGCAGACCUACGGAGAAAGCACCACCUCGUCGGCGCCCGGAGCCCCAGCGUGCUCCAGAGCGUCCCCCAGUGGCCGGGCAGGACCAAGCAGAGGGCCUGCUUCUCCGCUCCAGAGUGGCUCCCUGGCUUCCCGGUAUCGCGGUAGACGUGCAGCUGCUCGGUGCGCCAGGAGCCUUCAGGUCUUGCCACCCCACCCCUCCCUCAGAAACUCGGACCGUUUGCGCUUGCCGUGUUGCUUUUUUUCUUCUGGAAGGCCCGUGUUUUAUCUCUCGAGUUCAAGUCCCGAGGACUUGCCCAGUCUCCUCCCCUUAAGUCAUUUCUACCAUCCUUCAGCAGCCUCGGAAAGCGAGGAGCCCCGGACUGCUCGUCCAGGAGCCAGCGCUGGUGGGUCCCAGUCCGUCCGGCGCAUUCGCCCAACGCAUUGGCCUCUCUCCCUCCCUCUCUUACUCCCUCCCUUUCUCUCUUCCUCUCUUUUCUCCUCUGCUUCCCCCUCCCUCUCUUGCCUCUUAAGUUUCCUGCACCGUGAAUCCAACUGUGCCAAGCCUAGGCUCCCACGGAACCGAUCUUGAGCGCGACCCGGGCACUGAGACGCCGACUCCGCCGACGCUGGACGAGGCAGCGGGACCGGUCAGCGCCUGAGCAUGGAGAUGAAGCGCCAGGGAGGGCAUGUCCGGGGCGCCGGAGACGCCAGGCCCGAGUAGCUCCUCCAUGGAGCCUGCCCAGAGCGGUCCCUGCUCUCCGGUUUCGCCCCUAGUCCUGUGCGGCUGCUGAGAGCGCUCCUUGCUCUGUAAAGUGGAUGUCAGGUGGAUCUAUGUUUUUGAAGGAACAAAGACUCAGCGAAAGCACCGCCGAGGAAGUUUGAGACGCGGGAGGAUGCAGGCUGCGUGCUGGUACGUGCUUCUCCUCCUGCAGCCCACAGUCUACUUGGUCACAUGUGCCAAUUUAACAAAUGGGGGAAAGUCAGAACUUCUAAAAUCAGGAAGCAGCAAAUCCACACUAAAGCACAUAUGGACAGAAAGCAGCAAAGACUUGUCUAUCAGCCGACUCCUGUCACAGACUUUUCGUGGCAAAGAAAAUGAUACAGAUUUAGACCUGCGAUAUGAUACCCCAGAACCUUAUUCUGAGCAAGACCUUUGGGACUGGCUGAGGAACUCCACAGACCUCCAAGAGCCUCGGCCCAGGGCCAAGCGAAGGCCCAUUGUUAAGACGGGCAAGUUUAAGAAAAUGUUUGGAUGGGGUGAUUUUCAUUCCAACAUCAAAACAGUGAAGCUAAACCUGUUGAUAACUGGGAAAAUUGUAGAUCAUGGCAAUGGGACAUUUAGUGUUUAUUUCAGGCAUAAUUCCACUGGUCAAGGGAAUGUAUCUGUCAGCUUGGUGCCCCCUACAAAAAUAGUGGAAUUCGACUUGGCACAACAAACCGUGAUUGAUGCCAAAGAUUCCAAGUCCUUUAACUGUCGCAUUGAAUAUGAAAAGGUUGACAAGGCUACCAAGAACACACUCUGCAACUAUGAUCCUUCAAAAACCUGUUACCAGGAGCAGACCCAAAGUCAUGUAUCCUGGCUCUGCUCCAAGCCCUUUAAGGUGAUCUGUAUUUACAUUUCCUUUUAUAGUACAGAUUAUAAACUAGUACAGAAAGUGUGCCCCGACUACAACUACCACAGCGACACACCUUACUUCCCCUCCGGAUGAGGAUGAACAUGGGUGAGACUGAAGCCUGAGGAAUUAAAGGUCAUAUGACAGGGCUGUUACCUCAAAGAAGAAGGUCACAUCUGUUGCCUGGAAUGUGUCUACACUGCUGCUCUUGUCAACUGGCUGCAAAUAUGCUAGUGGAAAUCAAUCUGAUGUAAUUUCUGCCCAGUCAGCUUCAUCUCUCAGUAUAGUUGUAAAUCACCACAGAUUUUAAAGGCACACUUGAAGACAUGCUCUCACACAUAGAUGUACACAAACACACAUUCUUAUACAUUUCAGCUUGCAUCUGUCAUGAUUCCUGUCAAGAGGGCUUUCAUUGUCUGACUCAUAAUGGUUUAGGAUAAACUUUCAUCAAGCAAAAGGAUUAACUAGACAGUGAAUGGUUUCUAACACUUGCUGUUAUGGAAAUCUCUUUUAAAGUCUUGAGUACAUGUUAAUCAAUAAUCCCCAUUCAUGCAUUCCUACUGCUUGGAGUAGCUGUACUGGUAAAUACUACUGUAGGAGUAUAUGCUUGUUAAAAUGGAAAAAAAAAAUGUGUCUUUAGAGCUCAGUAUUCUUUAUUUUAUGAACACAACAAAGUGUAGUAACUUUUUUCCAGCAUAUAGUAGGCACAUUCAAGGUAAUAUAAGAUGGCUCUUUUUUUCUAUGGAGGGAGCCUGUUUUCAGUAAAGAUGAGCAAACAUUUGGAAUUUACAUGUGGGCAGACAUUGGAUUACAGCUUUCAUCACCAGUCGUUGGACUUUUGCAAAGUGAGACCAGCUAAGGCUGCUUAAAACAAGUUCUGAUCAUUAUAUAAGAAGGGAAAUGCCUGACAGACACCAUGUAAGUUAUAAGUGUCUGUCUUAUCUUUACUACACAUAUUGUAACAAAUUCAAUAUCCUAGUCUUCAUUUGUAUGAAUGGUUUGUAUUGUACAUAGUUUAACCCAGUGUUAUUUGAGCUGCUUAUUAAUAUUAACUUGUACUUGUCUCUGCUUGUUAUUGGUUAAAAAAGAAAAAAAAGGAUAUGAGGAAUCCAUUUUAUCAAUGUAGCUGUGACCUCCAUUAAGAAGACAAACUUAAUGUACAAAGCAUUUAUUCAGCUCAAGUAUUGUUGAAAGCUAUACAUAUACAACAUUACAGUCUGUCUGUAUUUAGAUAUUUUAUUUCUGGACAAAAUGAAAUGUACAUAAAAAUAAAAUGCUUAAAGUUGAGUUUCAAUAUGUGCUUGUGUAAGAUGGUGAUUUAAGUGGUUCUGACAAGAAGAAUGUGAUGGAAUACAGUAAUGGUUUUGCAUCUCAUGUCUCUAAAUUUGUACAGAACUAUCUAAAUUGCUAUUAGUUGCUCAGUCAAAACAACUUAGGAUUUCAGUUUCAAGCCUGGAAAGCAGUUGUGGCAUACGGCGUUGCACACAUUUUUGGUUUAUUGUUGUGCUAGUGAUUCACAAAUACCAAAAAUCAGUGAGCAGAAGAGAUGAUUGAGGUCUCCUAAAUAUUAUAACUAUUUUUUUUCCUGUGUAGUUUCUAUUUAGCAGGGAGACCGAGAAGAAGGUAAUUUUUUGUGGCUGACUUUCUCUGAUUCUACUGUAAUCACUCAACUGAGAAAAUUACAGUAGCAGUGAAGGGCUUUGGUGUCCGAUAUACUUACACCAAAUGGGAUCAACUUACCUAUGUAGCAUUGUUUAUGGACAGUAAGCUUUCUUUUAAAACAUAAUUACUGUAUGUAAUCCCAGCAAAAUAAACAGAAGAAGAAAUAUGCAAGAUAACCCAUUUUUAAAGUCACAAGUGGGGGAUUGAGAUAUGAAAAGUCUCAAAGGUUAACCAAAGAAGCCAGAUUAAAACACUAACCCGUUCUCAUCUUCCCUUCAUGCUGCAUAGGGAUAAGUAUGUUUUCAUACAGAAAAUAAUUGAAGUACUACAGGGAACAUAAGACCACAGAGUUCUAAAGUGAGAACUCAGCAACUGAUUUGACUAAAGAGAGCCUUCAACUGCAAAUCAAAGACACAUCGUUCUGUUAAAUGUCCAUCUCUCAAAAUUCUCCAAUAUAUCUAGACAACCAUUUCUUUCAACGUAUUAAUUAAUUUGCCAUGGAAUUUAGAAGCUAAUGUUGGAAAAAACUCUCUCUGGCACAACAGGCAAUAAAUGCUUCAUGAGUUCCAGCCGUGGGACAUAUUUGCUACAGAUAAAUCUUGUUAUUCUGGGAUUUAUUUAUCAAAAUGAUCCUUAGAAGUUAGUUGUGCUUAGCAAAAAGGAGAAUAAAUGAGAAGGGGAAAAUCAUUUAAAAAUUUUUUUAGGACCAUUUGAUUAGUGGACUGUGACUUCCAUUAUGUGGUCUAAUCUGUCCUUUUUUAUUUUUUUAUUAUUUUAUUUUUUUAAGAUUUUAUUUAUUUAUUUGACAGAGAGAGAGAGCACAAGCGGGGAGAGCAGCAGGAAGAGGGAGAGAGAGAGGGAGAAGC